UAACACGUGGGUCCGAAAUGACCCGUGCCGGUGCAUCGACGGAAUCACUUACUUUUUUAUUCUGCUAUCAAAAUCGGUCCGAUUGAUAUUUUUCACUUUGUAAUUAUUAUAAACGAGCUUGUGCUAGAUUAUGUCGCAUUGAGUUUUAAAAUUAUAUAGCAUAGGAGUAUCAGAACUUAUAGAAAAUAGUAAUUUUAUAUUGCUGUACGCGAGCAUUCCUGCGUGACGGAGUUACGAAGCAAACCAGUUUUCACGCUGCGACACACACCUGUUGAGCCAAAAUGGUCAUUUUGAAGUUUUACAAAAAUCCAGGGCUAAAAGCCAAUCUCUUGAAGAGUAAAUUGGAAAAAAUAAAAAAAAUUAGUGAUUCUGUAACUAACAUUGAAGCUGAAUUAUGUUAUUAUAUUGAGUCCAAAAGUCCUUUGAGUAAAGAUAAUAUUGAUAUUAUCAAGUGGAUAUUGACUUCACCUUUUGAACCACAGGAGUUGAAAGAUGAAAGUGAUUUUAAAAAUGGUCAGCUGGUAAUUGAAAUUGGUCCAAGAUUGAAUUUUUCCACCGCUUUAUCAAGUAAUGCUGUUUCAAUUUGUAAAGCUGUGCAACUAGAAAAAGUCACCAGAAUAGAAAUAUCAACUAGAUAUUUAAUACAUACAAAAACUCAUGUGGAUAAAGAUACAGAAAGAAAUAUUGUUGAUGCUUUACAUGAUCGUAUGACAGAAUGUAGAUAUAUUAAACCAAUAGAAACUUUUGAUCAUGGCUUCAGACCAGAAGAAUGGUUUGAAGUUGACGUGGUUGGUGAAGGAAGAAAGGCACUAGAAGAAGUCAAUAAAAAAUUAGGUCUUGCUUUUGAUAACUGGGACUUGGAUUAUUAUUCAAAUUUAUUUAAAAAUAAAAUCAAGCGAAAUCCUACAAGUGUGGAAUGUUUUGACUUAGCUCAGUCGAACAGUGAACACAGUAGACAUUGGUUUUUCAAAGGAAAAAUGAUUAUUGAUGGCGAAGAACAAAAAGAAUCACUUCUUGAUAUGAUCAUUGAUACUCAAACUAAAUCAAAUCCCAACAAUGUCAUUAAAUUUAGUGACAACAGCAGUGCCAUAAAAGGUUUUGAAGUUAAAACCUUGAGGCCUAAUCGAACUGAUGAAGCUAGUUCUUUCAAAGUAAAUAGUUCAAAGCAGCAUCUUAUAUUUACUGCUGAAACUCAUAACUUUCCUACUGGAGUAGCUCCAUUCAGUGGAGCAACUACAGGUACUGGUGGUCGUUUAAGAGAUAUUCAAGGUGUUGGAAGAGGUGGUUAUUAUAUUGCUGGGACAGCUGGCUACUCAGUUGGAAAUUUAAACAUUCCAGGCUAUAAUUUACCAUGGGAAGAAAAACAAGAAUACCCAUCAAACUUGGCUCUACCAUUGGAUAUAUUAAUAGAAGCAAGUAAUGGAGCUUCAGACUAUGGUAACAAAUUCGGGGAACCUGUUGUAUCAGGGUUUGCAAGAACAUUUGGAAUGAUUGAUCCAUCAGGAGAACGUAGAGAGUGGAUCAAACCAAUUAUGUUCAGUGGUGGAAUUGGUUCUAUGGAAGCUAAUAUGACUAAAAAGAUAGCUGCUCAACCAGGAAUGCAAGUUGUAAAAAUUGGUGGACCAGUUUAUCGAAUCGGCGUCGGGGGUGGAGCUGCUAGUUCAGUUGAGGUUCAAGGUGAUAACGAAUCUGAUUUAGAUUUCGGAGCAGUACAAAGAGGUGACGCUGAAAUGGAACAAAAAUUGAAUCGUCUUGUGCGCGCGUGUAUGGAAAUGGGUGAUAAAAAUCCAAUCCUCAGUAUUCAUGAUCAAGGAGCUGGAGGAAAUGGUAACGUGCUUAAAGAGCUAGUAGAACCAGCUGGUGCCGUUAUAUUCUCCAAAAGAUUCGAAUUAGGAGACCCCAGUAUUAGUACACUCGAAUUAUGGGGCGCAGAGUAUCAAGAAAAUGAUGCCAUAAUGUGCAAACAAGACGAUACGUCUUUAUUGAAGAAAAUAGCCCAACGUGAACGGUGCCCGAUCAAUUUUGUUGGUACUGUCACCGGCAACGGUAAAAUAAUUCUUUCCGAGGAGGACGACUGCGAUGCUUCAAAAUACAUGAGAAAAGAUUACGUAUCGAAACAGCGUCAUCCAGUGGACUUGGAAUUGGAGUUGGUACUCGGCAAAAUGCCGAAGAAAACAUUCCAAUUAGACAGAUCUAUGGUGAAAUUGAAUCCACUUAACUUGAAACAAACCCCAAGCAUCGAAGAGGCUUUAGAUAAAGUAUUAAGAUUACCUUCGGUAGCCAGCAAGAGAUAUUUAACUAACAAAGUCGAUCGUUGUGUGACUGGCCUUGUGGCGCAGCAGCAAUGCGUUGGUCCUUUACACACACCACUAGCUGAUUUUGCCGCUGUAGGAUUAUCGCACUUUUCCACGAAAGGUAUUGCUAGUUCUAUUGGCGAGCAGCCAAUAAAAGGAUUAGUAAAUGCGGCAGCUGGUGCGAGAAUGACGGUUGCUGAAGCUUUGUCCAAUUUGGUAUUUGCCUAUAUAUCCGGUUUGGAAGACAUUAAAUGUAGCGGUAACUGGAUGUGGGCGGCCAAACUGCCUGGAGAAGGUGCUGCGCUUUACGACGCUUGCAAAGCUAUGUGCGACGUUAUGAAAGAAUUUGGUAUUGCGAUCGAUGGUGGCAAAGAUUCCUUGAGUAUGGCGGCUCGCGUCGAUAAAUCAGUUGUUAAAGCACCUGGAACUCUGGUCGUUUCUUGCUAUGCUCCGUGCCCUGACAUUCGUUUGGGAGUUACGCCUGACAUGAAAGCCCCAUCGCUUCCUGAAAAAGAAGGCUUUUUAAUUUAUGUCGAUCUAUCGGGGGGAAAGAGUCGCUUGGGAGGCACUGCUUUUGCUCAAGUUCAUAAUCAAUUGGGCGAUGAUGUUGCUGAUGUUGAAAGCCCAUCAGACAUAAAACGAGCAUUCAAAGCAACGCAACAAUUGAUCAAAGAGGGGAAAAUUCUGUCUGGACACGAUAUCAGCGAUGGUGGUCUCAUUACUUGUCUACUGGAAAUGGCUUUUGCUGGUUUGUCUGGCUUUAGGAUCAACAUCAUGCAUAAAACAGGUUCGGCAAUUGAAAUUCUUUUCGCCGAAGAAGUAGGCUGGCUUUUAGAAGUACGUGAAAAUGAUGUUAAAGACGUUGUUGAACUCUUCGAGAGAUACAAAUGCCCUGAAGUUCACGUAAUCGGAAAGUCUGUUGGUCAUGGAAUAGACUCGCAUAUUAAUGUAUCUGUAAAUGGAAUACCAGUUUUAAACUCGACCAUAUUUAAAUUGAUGAAUAUCUGGGAAGAAACGAGCUAUCAGCUGGAACUCCGUCAAACUGACUCGGUUUGCGCUACGCAAGAGUAUACGAGUUUAAAAGAUCGAAAGAGUCCAGCUUAUAAACUUACUUUCAAUCCUGACAUUCCCUUGCCGCGCGACGCCGAAAAGCCACUCAUACCAGUGGCCGUCAUACGAGAAGAGGGUAUUAAUGGUGAUAGAGAAAUGGCAGCUUCUUUGAUUUCAGCUGGAUUUGAAGUGUGGGAUGUUACGAUGCAAGAUUUAUUAAAUAAUCAAGUGACACUGGACAAAUUUAAAGGCAUAAUUUUCCCGGGUGGUUUCAGUUAUGCUGAUGUUCUUGGCUCUGCAAAGGGUUGGGCGGCUAGUCUUCGUUUCCACCCAUCUUUACAGAAUCAACUGCGAGAUUUUAUAGCUCGACCGGAUACUUUUAGUUUGGGAGUUUGUAAUGGAUGUCAACUUAUGAGUCUAUUGGGAUGGAUCGGCGGUUCUGAAGAUGGAGAACCCAAUGUCGUCCUUGAUCAUAAUAAUUCUGGACGUUUCGAAUGCCGAUGGACUACUGUCAAAAUAGAAAAUACGCCAGCAAUCAUGUUGCAAGGUAUGGAAGGCAGCGUUUUUGGUGUAUGGGUAGCCCACGGGGAAGGUAAAUUUACCUUCCGAAAUAAUGACAUCUUAGAAAAAUUGAAAGAACAAAAUUGCUUGGCAAUCAAGUACACUGAUGAUGAUGGAAAACCAACUGAAAAAUAUCCUAUGAAUCCCAAUGGCAGUAUCGAGGGCAUUGCGGCUAUAUGUUCUACGGAUGGGCGUCAUUUAGCUAUGAUGCCUCAUCCUGAAAGGUGUACUCUAGCUUGGCAACUACCAUGGGUGCCUGCCAAUUGGGAAUAUAAGAAUUCUCCGUGGCAAAGGAUGUUCCAAAACGCUUAUGACUGGUGUUCACUUCAAGAAUGAAAUUGCAUAUAUUAGUACUCAUAAGACACGACGAUUAAUAUUUAAUCAAGGAUUAUUUAGUAACUUUUGUUUAUAAAAUAUAGUUACUUUUAUUGUAGUUACUUUUUGGAAAUAAAAGUAUUGAUGUAAUAAAAA